AUGAAACUCGACAACCUACAGCCAUCCGGCUCGUUCAAGUCCAGAGGUGUUGGCAACUACGUUCUCCAACGAGCCGCCGAGCGUAUCUCUACAUCUGGUGUCCCAUUGUCAACACACUUCUAUGCCGCGUCAGGCGGCAAUGCAGGUAUCGCUUGUGUUCACGCCGCUAGCACACUUGGGUACCCUGCUACUGUGGUAGUACCUAAGAGCGCUAAGCCAGUCAUGAUUGCGAAGAUUUGGGCCAUGGGUGUACGACAGGUCAUCCAGCACGGGUCAACGAUUGCUGAAGCACAGGAGUACAUUCUCAACACUCUUCUACCUGCUGAUCCUACCGGCGUCUUCGUCCCACCAUUCGAUCAUCAAGACAUCUGGGAUGGCAAUGCAACUGUCAUGCAGGAAAUCGCUUCUCAGCUAGGCGAUAAACCUGAUGUCGUUAUAUGCAGUGUCGGCGGAGGAGGUCUGUUGAACGGUAUCAUGCAAGAGAUUGACCACAGGAAAUGGAGCAACGACGUGCAAGUCCUCGCCAUGGAGACCAAGGGAGCGGACUCUCUAGGUCAAAGUCUGGACGCUGGUCACAUCAUCACUCUUCCGAGAAUCACAUCACAGGCUACGAGUCUUGGUGUCGUCAGAGUUGCUGACAAGACUUUCGAAUAUGCACAGAGGCCCAACGUAACUAGUGUUGUCCUCACCGACGAAGAAGCUGCCAAGGGAUGUUGCUUGUUGGCCGAGCACGAAAGAAUGAUGGUCGAGCUCACCGUGGGAGUCAAUGUCCCAGUGUGUUUCGAUGGGUACUUACAGAGACUCUUGGCUUCGAAGAAGACGAUCACAAAGGACAGCAAGGUGGUUCUUGUUGUUUGUGGUGGUAACGACAUCUCACUCGACAUGCUCAUGGCCUGGCGUAUGGCUAUGGUUGGCAGUGAGACUGUUCAGGACCACACUACAUCAUUGCCUGCAAGGGUCGGAGCCACUGGAGUGACGGCUUGA